AUGUCAACGGAGGAAAACGCCUUGAUUAUCAAAGCUCGCUUGGCCGAGCAAGCCGAGCGCUACGACGAAAUGGCGAAGUUCAUCAAAGAACUCGUGUUAGUUAAGAAGGGCAAGCUCAGCGUCGACGAGCGCAACCUGCUCUCGGUCGCGUUCAAGAACACGGUUGGCGCGCGCCGCGCCUCGCUGCGGAUCAUCAGUUCGCUCGAAAACAAGUCGCGCCAGCGCGGGAACAGCGCCAACAUCAAGAUCAUGGUCGAGUACCAGGCGACGAUCCAGAAAGAGUUGAUGGAUCUGUCGAACGAGGUGCUCAAGCUGCUUGACGACACGAUCCUCAACGACGAGAGCAAGCUCGACGCGGAGGCGCGCGUGUUCUUUUGGAAGAUGCGCGGCGACUACUACCGCUACCUCGCGGAGUUCCCGCUGAAAGACCAGAAGCAGACGAUCGUGCAGGAGGCCGACCGCGCGUACCGCCAGGCGACAACGAUCGCGGAGCAGGAACUGCAGUCGACGAACCCGGUGCGGCUCGGGCUGGCGCUGAACUUCUCGGUGUUCAACUUCGAGAUUCUCGGGAACCCGCGCGAAGCGUGCAACAUCGCGAAGACCGCGUUCGACAACGCGAUCACGCAGCUCGAGAGCGUCGACGAAGAAGUGUACCGCGACAGCACCUUGAUCAUGCAGCUGCUGCGCGACAACCUGACGCUGUGGACGAACGAGCAGGAGCCCGGCUACGAGAACAAUGAACAACAGGCAACCAACGCAGCGCACCGCGCGUCCGCGCCGCUCUCGCCGGCGCGCGCGAUUGACACCGCGCCCGGCGCGGAGGCGCGCGUCGCCGAGAUGAGUUCGCCGUAA